AUGAAAAUCACAAACAACACCACAAAUAUUAAGCAACACAAAUGCCUACAAAAAAUAAGCGAAAUUGUGGAUAAAACUCAAUUAAAAAAAAAACAAUUCAAAUACGUCAUAAACAUCAAUCACGAACCAGACGAUAAAAUAAAAAAAGAUUUAGAAAAAAGUUUGGACAAAAAAGAUGUUUUAAUCAAAAAGACCCUGUAA